ACCUGCGCGUGAAGCAUGACGGGCGACGGUGAGACGGCCGGUGAUGAGGGGGACCAGGACCGGAACGGGGACCGAGACGAGACCCGGACGCCCUUCAUCAUCGGUGUGGCCGGUGGGACAGCCAGCGGCAAGUCAUCGGUGUGCAACAAGAUCAUGGAGCUGCUGGGUCAGAAUGAGAUCGACCACCACCAGCGCCAAGUGGUCAUCCUCAGUCAGGACAGCUUCUACAAGGUCCUGACCCCAGACCAGAAGGCCAAGGCACUCAGGGGUCAGUACAACUUCGACCACCCAGGAGUGAAGCCACAGUCCCGGUGUACCCUGCUGAUGUGGUGCUGUUUGAGGGUAUUCUAAUGUUCUACUGUCUGGAGAUUCGAGACCUUUUCCAAAUGAAACUGUUUGUGGACACGGAUGCUGACACCCGGCUGUCACGUCGAGUGCUGCGGGACAUCAGCGAACGUGGCCGGGACUUGGAGAGCGUUUUGGCUCAGUACAUCACGUUUGUCAAGCCUGCGUUUGAGGAGUUCUGCCUGCCAACCAAGAAAUACGCAGACGUGAUAAUACCCCGAGGAGUGGAUAAUAUCAUUGCUAUAAACCUGAUUGUUCAGCACAUCCAAGACAUUCUGAACGGUGGUCUCACCAAGCGGCCCAACGGGUGGUUCGGUGGUUACGGAACAGAGAAACAGCAGAACGUGGAGUCGAACAGCCGGCACCACUGAUCCCGGAGCUCCGCCUCAGAUGAAGGAAAGGUUGACCUCUGCUGGCCUCACUUUGUUUUUCUCCUGGACUGAAGAAACCCACACAACCAGAGACUUAGUGGAGCUCACACUCUGAGAGGUUUUUCCUCUCCAGGAACACAAAGGUGCUCACUUUUUAUUUCCUUUGAAGACAAAACUACUUGUCUUUACUACAAGAAUGAGAAACUACAGAAAGGUUGUUUCAGAUUCAGAACAUUUAUUAAUUGCUGUGUAGUGACAGUUUAAUAAAGGGACCAUUUUAUUUUCUGUUUAUAUA